AUGAGGGCAGCCAAAGAUACAAUUAGACAAGCUCCCCCCGAACAAUUCCAACAGAGAAUUCGCGUUACUAUUUGGUCGGGAAAUCCUUUACAAAAACAGGAGCCUUUAACUUUGGAUGAUGCUCUUUUUGCCAUUGACCGUAUUGACUGGCCAACAAAUGAUGAGCAGAUUCUGGAAAACAAGUUUACUAACAAAAGCUUAACAGAAGCUUUGGGGUACGCUCUCACAGAAACAUUUAAAUUUGGCCGAGGAGAUGAGGCAAGAUCUGCUAUUGUUUUAUUAACUGAUGGAUAUUCUUCUGAAAAAAAUGGAAAUAAUAAAAAAUUACAAAAAGCAUUGGAAAGCCAAACAACUGCAAUUUUUGGAUUAAAUUUUGGAAAUUUAAAAUUUAACGAAAAUAUUCAAAAUCAAAUUUCUAUUAGCAAUACUUUCUCUUCUAAGCCUUCCUUUCUUCGAUUAUUUAAUGCUAGAGGACAAGGACAAAUGGCUAAAUUUGUUGAUGAAUUCCAAAGAAGAAUUAUUCGAUGCCGAGAUGAAAUGAAAAUAAGAAGGGCAGAUUCUGUUUUAAUUAAUAAAAAUAAUUUUGGGGGAAUUAAAAGACAGAGAGAUAUUCGAUUUAGAAAUGAGAAUAAUGAUGGAAAGAUUAGCCCAAUUCAACGUGAUUCCCCUCAACCACUUAACAACAAUUUUGAUUGCAAAUCUGAUUUAAUUUUUGUAAUAGACACUUCACAGAGUGUUGAAGAAGAAUUUAGAGAACAAUUAGAUUUAGUUUUAGAAUUAAUCUCUCGCCUUCCAAACAAAAAUUUCGAAAACGGAAAUAUCCAAAUUGGGGCUGUUUCCUUCCAUCGAAAUUCUUUGUUACAUUUUUCUAUUGGAGAAAUUAAAGAAAAAAAUAAAAUUUUUGAAGCAAUUUCAAACAUUCAACACACUGGGGGAAGUACUUCUGCAGUUAGUGGAAUUAAUUUAGCUUUGGAACUAAUUGAAAAAAAGAGACGAUUUGAUGCUAGACAAAUUAUUGUUUUAGUUUCUGACGGGAAUAGUCAAGAUCCUUGGGGAGAUGUAGUUGCAACAGCCGGUAGAUUACAAGUUUCUGGAAUUGAGGUAUUUGCAGUAACUGUUAGUCAUGACCAUUUCUUUCGUGAAUUAGAAUUGUUAGCAGGCAAUGAAAUGAAAGUUUAUAUAAAUGACCGAACAAAACAAUUCUUUGAAGAUAUUGAAAAAAUUCUGAUUUGUGACAAAAACACUCCUAAAUUAUCAGAAACAAUUACCAAUAAAAAUCAGAAUUUAACAAAAUUAGAAGCAAUUUCUGAUUUUCCUUUUAAAAGAUUAAUUAAUCCAAACACAAUACAACAAUCAGAACAAAAACAAAACUUUCCUACUUCUUUUACUUCUACAAUCUCUCCCUCUUUAAUUAUCUCUCAAACAACAACAACUAUCUCUUCCUCAACAUUCUUCCCAACUUUGUUUAAAAAUUCUGAAACUUCAACAAUUACUAGUCAAUUAAUUAGUAGAACAGCUAGUACUUCUGUUAAUGAUUGUAAUAUUCAGAAUGUUGAUAUUCUUUUUAUUUUAGAUACUUCUACUAGUGUGGAGAAAGAUUUUGUUGCUCAAAAAAAGUUUGCUCUUGAUUUAAUUAGUAUUUUACCUGAACAAGAUUUUAAUAAACGUUUAUCAAUUUCAUUAAUUAUUUUCAAUAAAAAAGCAAUUUUACAAUUUCCUUUUGUUAUUGGAAGAAAACAAAAUGAUAUUCUUAAAGAAAUUGAAAGUAUUGAACAUACGGGAGGGCCUACUUCUUUAGUGGCUGCCUCAGAAACUGCAUUAGAAGAAAUAUCUAGAGGGCAUCGUUCAAAUGCUCGACUUAUUAUUAUAUUAAUAACUGAUGGACAUAGUCAAGAUGAAUGGUCAAAAGUACAAAUAGCCUCACAAAAGCUUAGAAACACAACUAAUGAACUUUAUGCAAUUAGUUUUUCUGAUAAUUUUGCACAAAAUGAAUUACUGGAAUAUAUUAAGAACCCGAAAAGAAUUUAUACAGAUCGUGGAAGUGAUGAACUUUUCUUAAAAGAAGUUGGGCAGUCAGUUGUUGGGUGUCUUGAACGUGAAGGAGAAUCUCCAACUGAAGUAGGCUUUUGGGUUGUUUUUCCUAAAAUUAUUAUAUUCUCAAAUUAA